UACUCAAAGCCAAGAAGCCUGAGGGCGCCCCCCGCCACUGCCUCUUCAUCGUCCUCACGCGCUACGACCAGCUCGAGCCCUUCGUCUUGGGCUUUUCUACGUCGCGCUUCGACGGCACGGGCUUCUUCGCGUACAAGGGCCACAAGUACAUCGCGGACGCGGAGACGUACGCGUGCGACGCCGCCGCCGCGCUCUACGAGGGGGCGACGCCGGCGGAUGCCAAGGCGGCCCUGGGGGCCCUAGGGCCGCGCCGGUACAUCCGCAUCGACGACUUUGCCUCCAUGCUCAGCCGCGGCGAGAACGGCGCGCUCGCCGCGGUCAAGGCCGCCGUCGCGCUGCGCAACGCCGUCGACGUCACCGCCGACGACGAGCCCGAGCCCGGGCCCGAGGGGGACGCCGGCUCGCAGACGGAGGACGCCGACGUCGAGGACGAGCCGCCGGCGUCGCCCCCGGCGUCGGCGAGCCCGCGCCGCGCGCGCGCGGCGGCGGCGGUGGCGACGGUGACGCCCGAGAGCGCGCGCGGCACGAAGGCGCCGCGGCUGAGCGCGGCGUCGCCGGACGCGCCCCGGCCGCCGUCGCUGGCGCCGCCGCCGCUCGUGAACGGCGGCGGCGCGCCGGUGGGCGGCGGCGUCGUGCCGGGGCCCGCGGCGCCCGCGCUGGGGCAGUUCGCGCUCGCGCCGGGGCCGUACUCGCCCUUCUGCCCGCCGUCGUCGAUGCCGCCGUACGCGCCCCUCUACCAGCCGCCGACGACGCUGCAGCCCGCCAUGGACACCGAGGCCGUCGAGGCCAUGGUGCGCCGCCUGAUCGCGGAGGGCCGGACGCGCGAUCUCGACCGCGACCGCGCCGACGCCGCGGUCAACGGCGGCCUGCGCGCGCAGCGCGGCGGCUUCGAGCGCAAGCGCUGCCGGUACGGCGCGGGCUGCUACCGCCGCGACUGCCGCUUCGCGCACUGA